UUAAAGGCGUCGACGGCACGGAGUCUCCUCACUUCCUGGUGAAGAUGGCGGAUGAGAAUGAGACAGCACCGAUGCCGGAGAAAGAAGAUGUAGAGGACCACGGACACUGUAGCGACUGUGAAAACGAGGAGCACCAUUCUGACGAUGGUGACCGGGGUCUGGGUGACGACACUGGUGCCAAGAAGAAGAAGAAAAAGCAGAAAAAGAAGAAGAAAUCCAGUGCCACAGAAGCAGCUCAGGACCCUCUUGCCAAGGUGAACUCUUUACCAGCUGAUAAGCUACAGGAGAUCCAAAAGGCCAUUGAACUGUUUUCUGUUGGCCAAGGUCCAGCCAAAACCAUGGAGGAGGCGAGUCGGAGGAGUUAUCAGUUUUGGGACACACAACCUGUUCCUAAGCUAGGGGAGACCGUAACGUCGCACGGAUCCAUCGAACCCGACAAAGACCACAUCCGAGAGGAGCCCUACAGCCUCCCGCAGGGCUUCAGCUGGGACACCCUGGACCUGGGGAACCCCGCCGUGCUGAAGGAGCUGUACACGCUGCUCAAUGAGAACUACGUGGAGGACGACGACAACAUGUUCAGAUUUGACUACUCUCCUGACUUCCUGCUUUGGGCCCUGCGGCCUCCAGGCUGGCUGCCUCAGUGGCACUGUGGAGUCAGYGUCAACUCCAACCAGAAGCUGGUCGGGUUCAUCAGCGCCAUCCCGGCCAACAUACGCAUCUACGACAUAGAAAAGAAAAUGGUCGAGAUCAAUUUCCUCUGCGUCCACAAGAAGCUUCGCGCCAAACGAGUCGCUCCAGUUCUGAUCCGAGAGAUCACCAGACGGGUCAACCUGCAGGGUAUCUUCCAGGCCGUGUACACUGCCGGAGUGGUUCUACCCAAACCCGUGGGCACGUGCAGGUACUGGCACCGCUCUCUGAACCCACGGAAGCUAAUCGAGGUGAAGUUCUCCCAUCUGAGCAGAAACAUGACGAUGCAGCGCACCAUGAAGCUGUACCGCUUACCUGAGGCCCCAAAGACUUCAGGUCUGCGACCGAUGACUAAGAAGGACGUUCCCGUGGUGCAUCGCCUCCUCCGCGAGUACCUGAGCCAAUUCAACCUGGUACCUGCCAUGAACGAACGCGAGGUGGAACACUGGUUCCUGCCCCAGGAGAACAUCAUCGACACUUACCUGGUGGAGAAUGACGGCAAAGUGACAGACUUCCUGAGUUUCUACACCCUGCCCUCCACUAUAAUGAACCACCCGGUGCACCGCAGCCUGAAGGCGGCGUACUCCUUCUACAACGUGCACACCACCACCCCUCUGAUCGACCUGAUGUCUGACGCCCUCAUCCUGGCCAAAUCGAAAGGUUUUGAUGUCUUUAAUGCACUGGAUCUAAUGGAAAACAAGACUUUCUUGGAGAAGCUGAAGUUUGGCAUCGGUGAUGGAAAUCUGCAGUAUUAUCUGUACAAUUGGAAGUGUCCCAGCAUGGGGGCAGAAAAGGUUGGGUUGGUUCUGCAGUGACGUCCCGUCGUGUCGUAAUCGAGCGUCACCAACAGGCCUGAAGACCACGCCACGGUCCGAAGACUUCCUGCUUGUGGAAAGGAAACCCGCCGCACAUUUUUACUUUUCUGGCCCCUCUGAACUCUGACCUGCACUACUGCUGCCAGGCUGUGGGGGGCUGAGGGAGCGCUCGGCUCCCCCCCCGCCUCUCCCUGUCCAUCACACGGACCUUAAAGCCAUCGUAGUGACCGUCGCUAACUUCACCACUGUACCAAAAAUCACCGGAACAGUUCAGCCGCUGUAACACUGCUGGCAAACCUCCAGAAACCUGUAAAUACCAUCAGAAGUAACUGCGGAGAACGCCCCAACACUCGCAGACUAGAACCUACUGUUUUCUUUUAUUCCUAAAUGUUGGAAGUGCUUCUUCUUAAAUUUUAGACAAAAAAUCUGAGCAAAAAAAUAUUUUAAAGAGGAAAUAGGCUCAAAAGGCUAAUGUAAUAAAUACCAAAUGUGGAUUAAGAUAAGGGCUUCUGUUAAGAGUUGUCAUGUUGGCUUUUUUUUUGCUCAUCUUCUGUUUGCUUCCAUCUUGAGCUCCUUGUUUAUCUUAACUUUCAGAACCAUUCUUCCCCAGCUUUCUGUCCUAAAAAGAAAAAAAUCUCUUCUCGUUCAUCACUGCUGCAGAGAAAAACAGGUUUGUUCAUCAGAAAGRUUGAUUUCAGUGUGCCCCAUUUAUAGCAUCCAUCAUCGUGAUCCCAGGACUCUCAACGCGUUUCUAAAGUCUCUGAGAGGUUUCAGGGGCGAAAUUAGAAAUCCAAAGUACUUCAGGGCACUUUUAAAAGCCUUUUUUGUAGCUUAACACAUGAAUACACCUGUGUGUGUGGGGGGAUCUGAGAAUGAAUUCAGUUUAUUUAAUAAAAUAAAUAAAUAAAUCUAAAACAAAUUAGAGUUUGCAUGUACAUCCAGCACCAUGCCGAGCUCUUUGCUGUAGAUACUGAGCUGAUUUGAUAAACAUGCUUUAAUCUGAAUACUGGUUAUUUCAGCUCAUCUUGCGUUCUGGCAGACUAUGCAGCGGCUGAAAGCAGGUGAGGUUUUACGGUUCUGCACAGGGUGCAUGAAAUCAGUCCGGACCUGUGACGACUGGGAAAUACACCCCUGUUAAAAGUGUUUCUGUAAAAUAUUUGUUUGCAUAAGAAUGUUUAAAAGAAAAGAAAAUCCCGUGGUGUGAUGAUGCAGGAAAUGAUUGUGAAAAUGCAGGGCUUUUUUUUCCUUCUUUACUUUUUAAGCAAAAUAAAAUAAAACCUAGGAGUUGCUGUGA